AUGUACAUUAGCGAGUUGCCAAAGUACCGCUUUGUGGUACAGUUGAGCGGCAAGCGGCGACUGGAGGUCGAGAACGCUGGAGUUUGGCAAUCGACUCCAAAGACGCAGUUUGUUGUGAUCGGCUUCAGUAGCCGCAGUAGUGAUGGAGAGCAGUUUGACGAAGCUCAAGCUCUCGAGAGUCUUGAGACGUGUUUGUCAAGAUCUACAGACCAGUUGGAAGAGAAUGAGUCGAGUCGUGUUGCUUGUACUGCAAAGCUUCAAGCUGACGAGCGGUUUGAAACGCUGGCAGUUUCUGCUGAGGCCUCGACGAUCGCAUUCCGCCUCACGUGCCCUACGUCGACAUUGGACGAGACGAUGCUUCGUCACCACCAUCAUGUGGACAUGAACGAGUUGACUAAGCGACUGGUGCGAGAGGUGAAUGCCUCUGGAGGUGGCUCUCUACUGCUCUACGUCUCUAAUUUGAGUCUAGAUGACACAGAGGGAGACCAAGUCUAUGCUGUCGCUUCUAUCGUUGGCCCUGCGUCCGUUUUGAGUAUGUGGAGUGAGCUAGAUUCCCGUGCUGAGACGAUCAUCCAAGAAGUCAAGAAGAAGCUAGCAAACUGUCUGUGUGGCUUUUAG